AUGCACAUCGUGGUCACCCUCCUCGCCCAGCUCAUCCUCUCUUUCGCUUGGGCCGCCGCCGCAGCGCCAGACGGGUCGCCCCUGGGCGGCUACGCACCCGCCCACGUCUCGUGCCCCAACUCCACCCUCCUCCGUGAAGGCAGCCUGAUCUCCGAGGCCGAAAAAGACUGGAUCGCCCUGCGUGCCGAGAUCGCCGACGCCGCCCUCGCCGACUUCCUCGACGAGCACCUCCCGGGCGCCAACGGCUCCUGCCGCCUCGCCACCGCCUUCUCUGGCGGCGGCUACCGUGCCAUGUUUGUAGGAGCAGGCGAACUUGCCGCCAUUGACUCACGUUCCGAAGGCACGCUGCCGCUCAAGGGCCUCCUCCAGGCGAGCUCCUACAUCGCAGGGCUCCUGGGCGGGCUGUGGCUUCUCAGUCUGGUGGCGCUUCAGGGGUGGCCUCAGGUUGAGAACAUCGUGGACAGUGGGCUCUGGAACGCCACAAGCCAAAACUCGUUGAUCGACACGUCGGACUUCUUGGGGCUCGCGUGGGCCGUCGUCACGGCAAACUACAACCGCUUGUUGACGCACGUGCGCCACUGGGAAAAGAGUGGAAAAGGGAUCGGUGAGGAAAUCAAGGCGAAGGAAUCCGCGGGCUUUUAUACUUCGCUUACCGAUGUGUGGGGUCGCGGUCUUGCACACCAGUUUUUUCCCCUGCAGAACAACUACUAUGCUCCAGCACUCUGGCUGGAUUUGGCUGAGGCUGAUUUUUUUAAAAACCACCUGAUGCCGUUUCCGUUGGUGACGGCGUUGGCCAGAAGGCCCGACUCGCUCGUGUACGAUUUGAACCUGCCGGUAGUGGAAUUCAAUCCCCUUGAAAUGGGCUCCUUCGAUACCUCCAUCAACUCUUUUUUUCCCACGCGGUACUUGGGCACUGAAGUCGAUAACGGUAAAGUUUCUGGAAAUUGCACUCGGGGCUUUGAUAAUGCCGCUUUUGUGUACGGAACGUCGUCGUCGUUGUUCAACCAGUUUUUGAACACCCUAGUUUGUCCAGACUGUGAUCAGCUUCCGGGUCUCAUCAAGUGGUUUGUGCGGAACCUCCUCAACAGAAUGUCCCGCCAGAAAGAGGAUAUCGCCAUUUACAAUCCAAACCCGUUUUUCGGAUCGGAGCACGCGGCGUCGCUGAAUGUAUCGACCAGUGAAUCGCUUUUCCUUAUGGACGGUGGAAUUGGUGGUGAAUACCUCCCUCUUUCCUCCUUGAUGAACACCCACCGUGAGGUGGAUACCGUUUUGGCGUUCGAUAAUAACCCCGGCGGAUGGCCGGAUGGGUCCUCCUUGGUCAACGCGUUCCGCCGUUCGCAGACCUACGAAGGUCGAUCAACAAUUUGUCCCUGGGUCCCCGGUGAAGACACCUUUUUGGCUCACAACUUCACCGCUCGUCCUGUUUUCUUUGGAUGCGACGCUAAAAACCAGACGGACCUCGUCAAAGACGACGUGGUGCCGCCGCUCGUGAUCUACCUCGCCAACCGUCCGUUUGAGUUCUUUUCCAACCAGAGCACGCUUCAGUUGGCGUGGCCUGAUGACAAGAAAAAGGCGACCAUCCAGAACGGUUACGAUAUCGCUUCUCAGAUGAAUGGUACUGUGGAUGCUUCCUGGGGCACGUGUGUGGCUUGUGCGUUGGUCAGAAGAGACCAGGAGCGCCAGGGAGUCGAGCAGAGCGAGGAGUGUCAGCGUUGUUUUGAAAAGUACUGCUGGGACGGUUCUGUCUAUGAGGGUCCAACUUAUUACAGGCCUGUGAACUAUACCGUCGAUGGACUCACCAACAGUAGCAUGACGCUUUGGGGCAAUAACCUGAUUCCCGUGGAUACGAGCCUGGGUGGAGGCUUCAGUAUCUGGAGCGUGCUUCUCAGUGUUUUGAGGUCGAUCUUUUCGUGGUUUUGA